CACAAUCAGUCACUGAGAUACUUGUUGACCAUCUUAGUAAUGAUACAUUCCGGAUUAUGUGUACGUUGAACAACACGACUAAUAUGAAAACUUUUGGUUUCUUAAUCAUGUGGCAGGGUGCUUAUUCCUUGAUUGGCGAAAUGCACAAUGUUGAGCCGUCAAUAACAGAAAUAUACAAGAAACCUGGUUCGUAUUCAAAUGGUUCUAGCUGGACCGAUGUUGGUCGCUUUGACAAUGUGACAAGUAAUAGUCGCCACUCAACACUUGGUGUGUCUAGGCCGCUGUCCUCAAUGACUUGUUCAGAUGCUGGGGUGUAUUCCUGUGAUGUUGGGUACAUAAAUUCUUCCUCUAUAAUGGUAUUUCACACAGGAACUAUAAGGAAGGAACUUAAGUUACAAGUAACACCUUCGAAAAUCACAAAACGAAUCUUUAAUGCAAGCAACGAUGAAGGUGGGAUAAUAUCUGAAUUAACAAACUCAACUCCAAUUGUUCAUGUGGGUCAGAAAUUGCGGCUUCAAUGCACGGCCAUCACUGGGACUUUCAACACAUCGGUGCAGAUUGUUUGGAUGAAAAGAAGCCUUGAGAACGGAAGCAAUCUUGCCCCCUUUUCCUCGGAUAAACACAUAAUCGGAGAACCUAAGGCUAUUGGCAUGUGUGAGUUUGAAAAGACUGACUCGAUAAUAUACGAUGUUACUAAAGAAGACGCUGAAAGAACGCCAGAAAACAGUCUUCAUUUUCAGUGCUACGUUCAUAUUAUGUCGAUAGACUGGAAAACACCUGAACAACAAAGACGAAAUUUCAGUUUUGUUGUCCAUUCGAAUGAUGGAAACAACGAUUUUCAAAAUGAUACGAAUGAAAUAAAUGCUUAUGAUUCAGUCGACGGAAACGACGAAAAUAGCGGUGGUUUAAAUACGACGACAGCUAAGGAGUUUCCUGUUAAUAGGACAGUUAUAUCGGGAAUUAUUGGAGGUGUUUGUUCUUUGGUUAUUCUUGGAGCCGCCGGGAUUCUCCUGAAGAGAAAGAUCACCAUGGGCGGCUGUCAGAAAGCUGAUGAGAAGUCUGAGGAAACCAAUCGUAACCCGGAUGCACCAGUUGACACCGUCCCGUCCGCAAGAGACUCGGAAAUAUACACAGAAAUAGGAGAAACAUCUGACCGUCAAGGAAAUUGUAGACGUACAGUUGAAUCGAGUUUUACCGUUCAGACAAAUGAUCUGUUGCACUACAUGGAGUUCGGCGCUAGAGUCUCCGAACCGUACACCGAAUUAGAUAACCCGAUUUACGAAAACAUUCACAAAUGAAGACUAUAAAAAGCUGCAUCAGUUUCUUGUUUAUGCUAUUCACCACACGUGAGACAAUCACAUGUUUAAAUCAAACGUUGAAAAGUAUGACCAGAUACCAACUUGUCGAUACAAUUUCUUAUGUUUAUUGCAAAUGUUCUUUCAGAAGGUUUUUGUCGACAUGCAGAAUGUUUUCAGUAAUGUCCCAGGGAAAGUAAGAUAUUUGCUGGUACCCCUUCUCUUCAAUAUCUUGGCAUUCAUUUAUCACUUAAAUCAUUCAAUGUCUGUUUAAAUAUCGUAUUAAUCCGUGCAUUGUUUUUCCAUUGUAUUCACUAUUAUUGCAUGCAAUAAAUUGUUAUCCAUUUAAAUGUAUAGGUUUCUUUAAAUGAUCCAAUGUAAGAUGGCAGGCUAAUAGAGUCUAACGAGAUGCUUGCCAUUUACAACAUACUGGUGGUUCAACUAUAAUCACCAAAUUGAGAAAGUGUGCGCAGCUUAUAUCAGAAUGUUGCAAACGUUUUUUUUGCCUUGAGUGAGUGUCACUUUUUGAACAUUAAAGAUUUCUAUUUUGGGCCGGUGUCUUAUGUUUUAUAUUAAAUCGCUUUUGUAUUGUAUUGUAGUGAUGCAUGAAGAGUUUCAUUUUGUUAGAACAAUUAUAUACAUAUUUGAAACAUUCUUAUUAAUAUGUAUUAGAGAAUGUGUCAUACUUUUCGUGUAAGAAACACUGACAAUCUGUAAACACCUAAUUACAUAGAUAUGAAUCAUGAAUA